AUGGACUUGAGGCCUGAUUCAUCGUCGUCGUCGUCGCCUCCACGCCGCAAGAAAGCGGGCCUGUCGACGAAUGUCAAACUCCAGGCAGUCCGGCAGCCAGAUGAUGGCCCGGCGGCUGUCGUACGACCAAGAUCUCUGCACAACGCGCCGCCACCGACCACGAAAGUGGCUCGUCGAAUUCAGGUCGAUGAUAAUGCUAGUACGCCAAGGGUGCAACAGGUCGAGUGUUUUGUAUAUGAAGGCAGCCAACCGGCACGGACGCAAAACGCAGCGAUCAAACCAGGAGAGAUCAAAGCGUGGCUAACAAAGCCGCCGCUAGAGUCCUUCAAAGGAAAGCCACCGGUAGCCUCGUUACGCUUGCUCUGCUACCGACAGCAGAUUUCGGUAGUCAAGCCAUUCGACAGCACAUCGCUCCGAGCCAUCCAUGACGCCCUCGGUCUGCCUGAGGAUCAUUCAUACCUGGCAGCCUGUAGCGCGGGGGCUUGUGGGAAGUUCGUGGUCGCCAACCGCCGUCCCGUCUUCAUCUACCACCGGUCCAACAACAACGGUACCAUCUCCGCCAUCCUCCAAUGGUCGGCAAACACCAACACCACGCUGGGCUAUCUUCUUCUUGGCCCUCGCAUCUCCCUGCGCAAGGUCACCAGUGAUCUGGUGAGUCAGUUCCCCACAUUUGCGCACCCACUGUUCGUCCCGACGUAUCUGAGCGAGUGCACGGCGGUCGAUUUGAUGAGCGAGCUCCACCAUAUCCAUGCAUUACUCGCGCGUGUCGAGCGAAAGACGAGGUUCGGCGAUUGGGAGGUCCAGGAUGAGGGGAGCGAGCUUGCGUGCUCGGACGCCGAGGAUGAUGUAGCAGUGCAUUGGGGCAGUCGUCAUGAGAAGACUGUGCCGGUGGCGCCGUCAUCGUUGUCGGAUAAUGUGGAUUCCAUGAGCGCAAUAGGUUCCGUGGAAGACGAAGAGAGUCCUGUCCGGCUCGGCGGGAGGAUGAUCUCGCGCUACUGGGUCAAGAUGUGGGCAGCCAUGGAUGCCAGCGACUUGGAUUAUCAUGGCUUGUCGCAGAUCUUGGGCGUUAUCAGCUGUCGAUUCGCCUUCAUGGAAGUGGCGAUAUCCUGCAGUAUCGCGGGCGCCGAGUUCACUCUGCGUGAGAUGGCACAGAUGCAGGAGUACUGUGGCAAUGCAAUGAGGGUGCGGCACUUGAAGGAAGUGGGAAACAGCGACUGCCUGAAGCAUCGCGCGGAGCUGCUGAUGAGCAAUCUGAAGCACAUCCAGCUCUUUGGAGCCCUCGCCCGGCGUAUCCAAGUCCAGCAGAACGUGCUCUUUAACCUCAUCGCUCAGGACGACAACACGCUCAACCGGGGCAUUGCCGAAGACUCGAGACAGCUGGCUGAAGCAAGCAAACGCGACAGCUCCGCCAUGAAAAUCAUUGCCUUCCUAACAACCCUCUUCUUACCAGCGACGUUCGUUGCGACGUUCUUCGGUAUGCCGCUUUUCAACUGGAACGAAGGCAAUAUGGCCGACGUGAUGAAGCGCCAUUUCUGGAUCUACUGGACCGUCACUGCGCCGUUGACCAUCAUCACUAUGGGCGUUGUGGGUGCAUAUGCGUGGAUCCGGUCACGAAAGAAUAGGCUAGCUGCGGACCAGGCUAGGAGGAGCGCGGGCAUCAAGGAUGCGUAG